UUUGGUCUGUUUUCUUCAGUCCCGGGCGUUCUCGAAGUUAGUGGUGUCCCCGGCCUACGUAUUUUUAUCCUCAUCGGAAUCCUUUCUCCGAGAAACGAAGGUCUUCGUCCAUGGCGUUUGCUCAGUUCUUAUGCCCUCUUGUCUCACCGUCAUUCCAGCAUUCGGGAGCCGAUCGGCCGAGCUCAAUGUCUCCUCUUGCACCAUCGCUUGCCAGAACAGCUAGCCGCUUCGCCUUCAAGAGAUCCCAUCGAAAAGUAAGGGCUGAACAACAAGAAUCUGGUGCUAGUUUAGCUGCUGAUGCUUUUGCAAACAUCAAGCAUGUUCUUCUUCCGAUUACAGAUCGGAAUCCUUAUCUUUCGGAGGGAAGUAGACAGGCUGCAGCAACGACAGCUUCUUUGGCUAAGAAGUAUGGGGCAGAUAUCACAGUGGUUGUUAUUGACGACAAACCUAAAGAAUCUAUCCUAGAUCAUGAAUCUCAGCUGUCUAGCAUUCGGUGGCAUCUUUCAGAAGGUGGAUUUUCAGAAUUCAGACUUCUGGAACGUCUUGGAGAAGAAAAGAUGCCGACUUCCGUCAUUGGCGAGGUUGCUGAUGACCUCAAUCUCGAUUUGGUAGUAUUGAGCAUGGAAGCAAUCCAUUCAAAACAGGUUGAUGGGAAUCUAUUAGCAGAAUUCAUCCCCUGCCCUGUGCUGCUCCUUCCACUUUGACUCUUCCAGUUAUUACUUUGUUUCGACUCUCUUCUCUAGAGGUUUGUUCUAUUGAAUCUCUUACCAGGAAAACUUUCUUUAAUCCUUCAGAUUCAAUAAAACAACCACUUUUAACAGAGUUUUUUAUUUUUUUUCAAAUUUGCGUUAUAAAACUUUAAGUUGUGGCCUUGGCUAUCUUUAGAUUAGGUUAACAUGGAGUGUGAAUCUGCUUAGUUUUGUAUGCUGUUGUGAUUUUGAACAUAACAUACUAAUUGAUCAAUAAAUUCAUUGUUUUUGUUCUG